UUUUCAGAAAUUUUUCACAGAAUUUAAUUUGUUAAAUAAAGUCAUUUCCGAAACUCUAACACUAUUACUGUCUGUUCUGACAGUCUAUAAGUCAGGUAUAAUAUAAAAAUCAGAUAGUUAUCAAUGGGCUAUGUACUGGGUAUAAAUAACACCAACUCUUCGGAAUGACAGACAGUUAGUCGGAACAAAAUGUUGAAUCGAAAAGUGUUUGUCGGUGUACUUGCACAAGGUUUACUUGUGGCAUUGACUGUAGGCCAAGUUAUACAAAUCGAGGAUGGCUUAAUUUUGGGAAGAGAAAUGGAAUCCCGGUCAGGUGCAACGUUUAAUGCAUUUCUUGGGAUUCCUUUCGCCCGUCCACCAAUCGGCGAACUGCGAUUUCGUGCACCCGUUCGGAACGAACCAUGGGAUGGUAUAUUGAAUUGUACAACCUUUGGUCCGGUGUGCAUGCAGGCUGGUGCUGGAGCUGCAGCCUCAGAAGACUGUCUUCACUUGAAUGUAUUCACGAAAAAUCUACCAUCCAAUCAAACCGAUCAAUUGAAGCCUGUUAUUGUCUACAUUCAUGGAGGAGGUUUUGAGGGUGGAUCGGCAACGGAUCACGGACCGGAAUAUUUGAUGGAUAGAGACAUCAUUUUGGUGACAGUUCAUUAUAGACUAGCUAUCUUCGGAUUUAUAGCUGUUGGAAGAGCAGAUGUGACUGGAAAUCAAGGAUUGAAAGAUCAAACUCUGUCACUUAGAUGGGUCCAGGAGAACAUACACCAUUUUGGCGGUGAUCGGAACAGAGUCACAAUCUCUGGACUUUCAGCGGGAAGUUUUUCGGUGACUGCACACAUGGUGUCGCCGAUGUCACAAGGAUUAUUUCACAAUGUGAUCGGUCUUAGUGGAUCCAUUGCUUCACAAAUAAGACCCGAAACGACUAACACCGAUGUCGUGAUGGAGGUAGCGAGACGAGUCAACUGCACAACUGCAACGGUUGAUGGCAUGAUAGAUUGUCUUCGAAAUACAUCGGCACUAGCCAUCGCUCAAAAUAUGAGAAUCACAGUUUUCCCUUGUCUUAUGUUUACUUGGACACCGCUUCUGGAGGAAGAUUUUGGUCAAGAAAGAUUCAUAACGGAAGAUCCGAGUGUUUUGUUUCGCAGUGGAAAUUUUUCGCGAGUCAAUGCAAUAAUGGGUAUUACAGAUCAUGAAUUUAUAUCGCCUGUUGCAGCCGUUCUGUACAAUCCGAUAGCGACGGCCUAUCUCAAUGAAAACUGGGAUAGUAUUGCACCGAUUUGCUUCUACUUCGAAGGAAACGAAUUUACGUCAACCGAAGAAAUGGCAGAAAUAAUUAGGGAAUCGUAUUUCCCAUUCAAUGUGAUUGAUAUCCGCUCUUUCAACAAUUUGAACAAUCUCUUUGCUGAUUCAAUUAUAAGCUAUGGCGUCCACAAAUUCGUCAAUCUCGUCAACACGUUCAUUGACGUUUAUUACUACAAAUUUUCGUAUGUCGGCCAAUUGAGCUUCUUCAAUUUUCCGAGAAAUCGACCGUAUGGGGUGCACCAUGGAGACGACAUUCAAUAUGUAUUUAACAUUGCUCCAUCCGGUGCGAUUGCAAUUCCAUUCAAUCAUCCAGAUAGUUUUGUGGUGGAACGGAUGACGAGGAUUUGGGAACAAUUUGCUUGGACUGGAAAUCCAAAUAAUCCAGCCGAUGAGUUCUUGGAGCAUAUGCUGUGGCCGAGGCACAAUUCAACAACUCACUGGUAUUUGGACAUUGGCAAUCAUUUAGUGGAGAAGAAUGGACUGUUUUUGGAACGAUUUACCGUUUGGGAUAAUUUUGAGACAAACUCGACAAUGUUUGGUUGAGGUUUUCUCAAAUUAGUAAUUACGACAUGUAGUGAAGCGAGCACAAUAAAAUUCAUUGUUCUGUUUUUCACUCAAAUUUUGCACGAACAUUAUAGUCCCUCCUCCAUUAUCUCCAUUAUUAUUGCACUGAAGAUUACAAUCAUUUUGUAAUCAACAAACGCGGAAUUUUGGUAUUAAAUGUUAACACUUUUACGGUC